AUGCCGGAGAUUUCAGAAAUUACACGAGUUGUGCACUAUAUCAAUAGAUAUCUAGCUGGAAAGGUUAUCAAAAAUGUUGUGGCCAACGAAGAUGCUAUCGUAUUCAAGGAUACCACUUCAUCUGCCUUUGUUAAGGCUAUGUUGGGGAAGAAGGUAGUGGAGGCGAAGCAACAGGGCAAAUACUUUUGGAUCGAAAUGGACUCUCCGCCACAUCCUGUGAUGCACUUCGGAAUGACCGGUUGGAUCACAUUCAGCAAGGCUCCGGAAGCACACUAUCGUGCCGACAUGGCCGAAGAAGACGAUGAUAAAGAAGAAAUCGAAUGGCCACCCAGAUUUAUGAAAUUCGUGUUUGAAAUGGAAGACGAAGGAAACAAUGCUGCGUUUACAGAUGCUAGAAGAUUAGGCAGGGUUAGACUUAUCGAUGUGCCGGCAGAGCAGAUUAGAAAAGUUAGCCCGUUAAAGGAGAAUGGGCCUGAUCCAGUAGUCGAUGGUCUAGAUGAAGAUUGGUUCAAAGGUGUGCUUAAUCAAAGGAAGAAGCCUGUCAAGGCACUACUGCUGGACCAAGGUUUUAUCAGCGGAGUUGGAAACUGGGUUGGAGACGAGAUCUUGUAUCAUGCGCGAAUACAUCCAGAACAAUACUCGAAUACUUUGUCAAAAGCGCAGCAAAAACAGCUAUACGAAUCGACGAUGUACGUCUGUAAAACAGCAUGUGAGCUACUGGGAGACUCGUCGAAAUUUCCAGAAGACUGGUUGUUCAAGUACCGAUGGGGCAAAGGGAAGAAGGGGAAUGCGCUGCCCAAUGGGGAGAAGAUUGAUUUUGUGAAGGUUGGUGGAAGAACCAGCGCUUAUGUGAAGACCAGACAGAAAGCAACGGGUGGAACGGCGGUCAAAGAAGAAGCUAGGGGCAGUGAUGAGGAUAGUGGAGAAGUAAAAAAGAGCGCGAAGAAGAGGAAAGCUAUUAAAACCGAGGAAGAUGAGACGUCAGUUAAGAAAGGGAAGAGGGGAAUAAAGCCCAAGACUGAAGAUGAGGAAGUCAAGACACCCGCGAAGAGGGGUAGGAAGAAGGCUGCCAAAGUCGAAGAGUCGCAAAGUGAGGAAGAAGAAGAAAAUAGAGAAGAAGAGGAGGAGGAAGAAUCUGAAGUCGAAGUAAAAAUUUCGAGGAAAGGGAAGAGUAGGGUUAAAGAAGAGAAGGCUGUGGUGGAUGGUAGUACUGGUACGCCAGCCGGACGCCGUUCGUCGCGACUGAAGAAGUAG